AUGGAAGGACAAGAUUUGCAAAACCAGAUGGUCAAUUCUGGUGGCAACAUUGAUGUAAAUAGAAAAUUAUAUGCCCUCUUUAAACAAUUAAAAGCUGUUUCGUCUCAAUCUCGAGAUUUCCAUCAUUCCGAGUAUCCCGAUUUUAAAUACUCAGAUCUCAACAAUUGGUUAUGGUUCAUCAAAGUAUUUCUCGUAUUGUUCAACGUUGGUCUCUUUAUUUACAUUCUCUAUUUGAUGAAACGGAAGUUUACAAAACAAACAAUUUUGAAGUUGGUUGAUAGUCAAGCAACAACACUGGAGGAUGAUAAAAACACUAACCAUAUUCAUUUAGAAGAUGAUUCUAAAACAACUAGUUCUUCUGAAAAAAGAGUUGGAAUUAUCAUUUCUCAUCCUGACGAUGAAGCAAUGUUUUUCACGCCAAUUAUUGCGUCACUGGUUGAACAGAAAAUACCAAUUCAUAUCUUAUGUCUAUCCACAGGAAAUGUUUUAGGAUUAGGCCAGGAACGAAUUAGAGAAUUGGAAAGGAGUUGUGUUGAAUUGGGAAUUUGUGAUUCCAACACUGAUUCCUCACUUGUUGUAAAAUCUUUGAGUGACACAUUCAAAUCUGAAAAUAACAAGAUUGUCAUUAUCGAUCAUGAACAAUUGAAAGAUGGAAUGAAACAAAAGUGGAACAGUGAAUUGAUUGGACAAGUGGUUUACAAAUUUGUUCAAGAAUUUAACAUUUCAACAAUUCUCACAUUCGACGAGAGAGGAAUUUCGGAUCAUCCAAAUCAUAUUGCCACAUGGAAUGGUGUGAAAGAAUUCAAAAUAAGAGACGACUGGUUUAAUAAGGAAGUAUCUUGGUGUGUUGGAUUUGGUUAUUAG